AGAAGACUAAAUACAGGAAAAAACAAACAAAAAGCUCUUGUAAACGACGUCUAAAAGUUUUCGGUGUAAAUAUACGUUUAAUUCGUUGUCUGGUGUGUUAUUUCGAUGACUUAAGUGACCAAGAAAUGUCUUCAACCUCUGGGACAGCGAUAAAACAAAAUAUUAAAGAAGACUUUGAUGAUGGUGACAAAUCCAUUGAAGUAAUGAAAUUUGAAUGUGAAGAAGAAAUGUUUCUCGACCUAGGAUCUGAAAUCAAUGAUAGGGAUCAAGAUUUCUCUUGCAAUAUUCGGGAAGAUGGCUUUUCUGAAGAACUAUUAAAAAUUCUUGAGGAAAAAUGUUUUAAACAAAGAGAUAGAGUUAUCAGAGAAGGUUCAUUUAAAUGUGAGUUUUGCCCAAAGAAAUAUAGAAGGAAUGAUAUUUUAAUAAGGCACACAAACCAUAUUCAUAAAAAAGACAAACAGAAAAAAUUUGAAUGCAACAUUUGUGGUUAUGUCACUGUAAACAAAAGUCAUUUAAAAAGACAUUUCAAAAUUCAUGACAAAACAAAAUUAAAAAUUAAAUUACAGGUUUUGGGUAAAAAUAAUUUAAAAAAUAAAAUUAAAAAUGAAAUUAAAAUAACCAGUAAAACUUAUCAAUGCACAAAAUGUACAUACUCAACUUUUCACAAGUCACAUUAUGAUAACCACGUAAAGGUUUGUUUAAAAUUGAAAAAUAUCAAUUGGUACCAAUGUGAGGUUUGUCAUUACAAAACUACAAAAAAAAAUCAUUUAAACACCCAUUUAAAAACUCAUAGCAUAAUAAAAGAGUUGAAAUGUUUAUUUUGCCAAUAUGAAGCAAGUAGAAAAAUAAGUUUUGACAACCACAUGUUAACAAAACAUUUAGAUAUGUUGGAUGAAUCCAAUAAAAAUAUCAUUACAUCCAAAAUACACAACUGUCAAAAAUGUAACUAUAAAACUACAAAAAUCAGUACUUUUAAACUACAUUUAAAGAAUAAUCAUUAAGUGAGUGAAUAACAUUCAUUU